GUACUCUCUAGGCUUCGUCCGAAUUCAGCUACCAUAAUUCAACCGACAUGGACAUGCCUAAUGAAAACCAGAAAGAAAAUCACCAAGGCUCGAAAUAUCAGCCAGAACAUUCUUUGUCUAACCGUGAGCUGAUGAAGUACAGUCGACAGAUGAUCGUUCCGUCCAUCGGUGUUCAGGGUCAGGAGAAAUUUAAAAAGGCUUCUGUUCUGAUUGUUGGUUGUGGAGGAUUGGGUUGUCCAGCUGCUCAAUACCUCGUUGGAACUGGGAUUGGGCGGAUUGGACUUCUUGACUAUGACGACGUGGAGGAAAGCAACCUUCAUCGCCAAAUCUUACACAAAGAAAGUUCCAUCGGCAUUUCAAAAGUUGAAUCCGUAGCAAGUUCAUUAAUGAACUUAAAUAGUGAAGUCAAGAUAGAAAAACACCAUAAGCAGAUUUGUAGCAGUAACGCUUCAGAAAUUGUGUCAAAGUAUGAUAUUGUAAUUGACGCAACGGAUAAUGUACCGACUAGAUAUUUAUUGAAUGAUGUUUGUGUGUUGCUCAAUCGGCCGUUAGUAUCUGGAAGCGCGAUUAAAAUGGAAGGACAACUAACAGUCUACAACUGCAAAGGCGGCCCAUGUUAUAGAUGCUUAUUUCCACAGCCUCCGCCUCCAGAGGCUGUCUCCAAUUGUGGAGACGUGGGGGUUUUAGGACCAGUUCCCGGUGUAAUUGGUGUACUCCAGGCAUUGCAAGCUGUCAACAUAAUUCUGGAGAAUGAGGGCGUCCUUUCAGGGAAAUUGUUAAUAUUCGAUGGACUUGAGACUACAUUUAGAACUGUAAAACUGAGAAAUCGGUCUGAAAAAUGCUUAAUCUGCAGUGACCAUCCUACAAUAAAACAAUUGGUCGAUUAUGAACAGUUUUGUGGAUCUCGAGCAAAUGACAAGAAUCCAAAUUUAAAAAUUCUAUCUCCGUCUCAACGAGUCUCAGCCAAACAGCUUCACGAAGUAAUGUUAAGCGGCAAACAGCAUGUAGUAGUUGAUGUGAGGUCUCCUAUUGAAUUUCAAAUGUGCCAUAUAGCAGGAUCUGUAAAUUUGCCCUUGGAUGAUAUCAGUAAACGAGAUAAGGUUGAGGAAGCUGUUCCGAAAGCCGAGGGUCCAGAGAAGACAUCUGUUUACGUCGUUUGCCGGAGGGGCAAUGAUUCACAGAUAGGUACAAAGAAACUCAUGGAAAUGUUAAAAGAUGUUGACGUUUACGACUUAAAAGGAGGUCUGCAUGCUUGGGCCAGUGAUGUAGACACAAACUUUCCAGUUUACUAAAAGUAUUAUUUAAAAAAUUAAAAAUCGGCUGCAAUAAAUAUGUACAUAAGAA